AUGGCGACCGAAGAUGUGGUUGGAGGGCAGGCGAGUAAUGGCUCCUUUCGACCGAAGAAAGUGCCGCAGCAAGAAGCAAGGCUGCUUGGAAGUGAAGCAGGUAGGCUCACGGGCCGGACAAUGCUGCACUGCACUGCAGCUGCAGAUGCAGAUGCAGACGAGGAAGUGGUCGGGGUCGGGGUCGGGGUCGGGGUCGGGGUCGGGGUCCGGGGUGCCACAGCGUGGGGUCCCAGGGUCCGGAUCCGGGGUUCUGCAAAGGCGAUGAUCUGGCGAGGAAGGAGUGACUGGGAUGUACGUGGUAUACAAGUAGUCCGGGAGGCAGAAGAGUCAAGAAAGGGCGGAGACCUGAUGGGAGCCUCGGAGUCACCUGGCUGCGGCGUCGAGAUCAGUCAUCACAUGUUUGAGACAUCAUCAUCAUCAGACAACAGUACACACAGCGAAAUGGAAAUGGAAUAUUGUGAGAGGCAGACAGAUCAAAAGCUUAACAUUCCGCUGACGCGGGAUGUCUACAACAUGCUUCGCACGAGGCAUCACGAAAUAAUCCGAAUCAGGAUUCAGCAGUGCAGGCUGCAGGUACGUUGA